CCGGGAAGCAGUGCCAGAUAAAUCAGGAGUGUGAGGACAACAAACUGGAACUAAUGAAGCUCACACAAAUGAUCAGCCAUCAGCAGGAGACUCUGCUGGAAAUAAACAAGAAUCACGAAACUGCCAUACAGCGGCGCAACUUCCUAGGAAUCCAGCUCCUGGAACAUGAAGAGAUUUUGUGUAACUACUAUGAGAAGGUGAACAUCCAGGAGGCAGCUAUCACUAAAAGAAACUCGAUUCUGGAGGCCCUGGAGAAGGACACGAGAGACUUGGAGUUAGCGACUAACGAGGAGAAGAGGCAGAUAGACCUGAAGAAGAAAGAUGUACUCCUCAAGAGGAAACUGGAGGAGGAGAUUACAAUGCUCCAAAUAGAG